AUGUUAGGCAUCUAUCGCGACGUUUUGCCUUCAAGUGGUGUAGAGUUUGCAGUCUUUCUAAGGCUGAAUUGCUUGUCUGUAUUUGGUCCAUCCACCAGUGCUUCAGUCACCAAUCUGGUGGUCGGACGAAACAACCGCUUGCGUAUUUACGACGUUCGAAGGACCAUUUAUACCGAGGAAACACAUGUAGAAAGUGAUCUGAAGUCCUCUGGUCCCUCGCGUCACAGUCAUCGUCUCUGCCUUGUGAGGGAGCAUCUCCUCCAUGGGAUCAUCAUCGGGCUUGCCGCGGUACGAACUGCAAACCCAGGGUUAGGGAGUCCAGAUAGACUUCUGGUAUCAUUCCAGGAUUCGAAGCUCGCCCUUAUGGAGUGGUCAAAUACUCUGUAUGAUAUCUCUACGGUGUCAAUACAUUCAUAUGAGCGAAGCCCGCUUCUGCUAAACUCCGAUUUUACGGAAUGUCGCGCCUACCUCCGGACAGAUCCUGCCAACCGAUGUGCCGCGCUCGUGAUGCCGAGGGAUAACAUUGCACUACUACCAUGGUAUCAACCCCAGACGGAGCUAGACGUACAAGAUGGUAUCCAAAGCAUCGCAGAAGAAUUACCCUACUCCCCUAGCUACGUUACCAACGUCUCUGCCAUGGACGAACGUAUCAGAAAUAUACUUGACCUUGUUUUUCUCCCGGGCUUUAACGUACCGACUAUCGCAAUUCUCUUCCAAGAGCAACGAACGUGGACUGGGCGGCUCAAAGAAAACAAGGAUAACACAUCACUUUUCUUCAUAUCACUGGACCUAGUAUCCCGGUCAUAUCAAGUCAUUGCGACCAUCGAAAAACUCCCAUAUGAUUCCUUGUACAUGUCGCCGUGUCAUGCAAAGCUCGGAGGGGUAUUGGUUGUCACAGCCAAUUCAAUCUUACAUGUCGACCAAGCUUCAAAGAUCACUACACUCCCAAUGAGCGGCUGGGCCGCGCGGGUCUCUGACACUUCACACGGCUUUCAGGACGCUGUCGACGAUAUUCACUUGGAAGGCAGUCGGAUGGGAUACAUCAGCGACUCACAGGUCAUUCUUUCUCUUUCUAAUGGGAAAUGCCUUCACAUCCGUAUCGAUCAUGAAGGUCGUACUGUUUGGGGAUUGACUGCCGUACAUACAUUUGGUAUUUCGUCACCCCCAUCUGUUCUGAUCGCCAAAGAUGGACUCGUGUUUCUUGGGAGUACAGCUGGGGACUCUGUACUGUUCGAAUAUGCACAAGACUUGAGCAGUCACAGGGAUUUUAUGCUCCCUAAUGCCUCGGAGACCAUUCCCACGAGCUUCAGCCUGCUCCCAGUGGACAACCUACAGGACUCAGGAUCGUACACGGCCGCGUCUUUCUUUGGGUUACGCGGAUCCGAAGAGCCGGCGUUGAUUGCAGCUAAUGGCCUUGAUGACUUAGGCGGCUUCUCUACAGUUCAUAAAACUAUGCCGCUACGGUUACGAAAAAAAUUACCUGCAAUAGCAGGCCGUCAAGGCAUAUGGUCUAUGCGAGUUCAUCAGGGCAACGGAAUAGAGCUCCCUUUGGGCCACAACACGCUACUGAGUACGGAUGCAACGCCUACACCAGGAGCAUCUAGGAUAGCCACAAAGUCUCAAGCGCGUCUAGACAUCAAUAUUACAACACGAAUACCUAUGCUCACGAUCGCUGUCGCCCCAUUUUUUGACGGAACUCAUCUUUUACAAGUCACAUCUAACUCCCUUCGCCUGCUCACUACAGAUGGAUCAGAGAAGCAGGUCAUUCCCGACCGCGAUAAUAGUACCGCAAGAGCACGUAUACGGCACGCAGCGAUUUGUGACCCAUACGUCCUCAUUCUUCGUGAAGAUGACACUCUUGGACUCUUCGUUGGUGAACCCACUAGGGGCAAGCUGAGGAGAAAAGACAUGUCCCCUCUUGGUGAUAAGAAACUUUGUUACUGGGCAGCCACUUUCUAUGACGACCUCACUGGUCGCCUUAAGAUCGACGAAGAUCUCAUGCGUGAAACUAAGGCAGUUGGAAACAGAGGAGAGAAAUGGCUAGCUCUCUGUCGAUCCACUGGAACUCUAGAGAUCUGGUCACUCCCGAAAUUAGCUCUAGUCUUCGUGUCAAGUAUCUCAUUAGGCCCCAGUGUCUUAAAGCAUGACCAAAAAAAGGAAGUUGACAGUGCGACAAAGACAGAGCUACCCGUAGGUGCAACUACACUACAACAGGUCAUCAUCACAGACCUGGGUGAGAUCGAGCCUAGUCCACAUCUCAUCGUUUUAUACGAUUCCAAUUUGCUCAUUGUCUACCAAAUGGUUCCACUCGAGCCUGACAAGGCAGGGCUUCCCCAACUUGACCGUCGAUCCGUCCCAUCGCUUCGGAUCUCGUUCGUUAAAAGAAUGGUUCACCAUCUCGCAAAUCCCACUCCUGACGAAAAUCAAACAUCUGGCGGCUCAAAUGAGAAGCGGUUGCCGAAAACAAUCGUCCCCUUCUCCGUCCUUGACUGGGAAGGGAACUCGAUCUAUGGAGCAUUUGUUACUGGUGACAACCCGGCUUGGAUUUUGUCUAAAAAUCACUCCGGCCUUCUUCAUCUGCCAUGCGGAUAUGAGGCAGUCCAUUCUUUUACUCCGUGUUCAAUGUGGGACUUUUCUCCAACCUUCUUGAUGAGCACAGAAGAGGGGUCUUGCCUCGUUCAAUGGACCCCUGGGAUAACCUUCCAUGGUCAAUAUCCCUGCAGUAAGACAAGAAAGGGACGCACACAGACGAACAUUGCCUACAGCAACACCACUGGUCUUCUGGUGGCCGCAUCAAGUAAUGACCGCGACUUUUUGCUCUUCGAUGAAGAAGGAACGAACUCUUGGGAACCUGAUGGUGUCAAUGUCUCUUUGCCAAAACUUGGGGCAUCUGCACUGGAGUUGCUUGAUCCCGAAACAUGGGUCACUAUCGAUGGAUACGAGUUUGCGGCUAAUGAAGUCGUGAACAUUGUCGAAUCAGUCAAGCUUGAAACUCUUAGUACACAAACCGGGAAUAAGGAGUUCAUUGCAGUGGGGACAAGUAUUCAUCGAGGCGAGGAUUUAGCAGUCCGAGGGGGGACAUACAUUUUUGAGAUCGCAGAAGUCAUCCAGGACACCGAAGAACGAGGUCGUAGACGACAUCGGCUAAAACUACUGUGCAAAGACGAGGCCAAAGGUCCUGUCACAGCGGUGUGUGGCAUGAAUGGCUAUCUAGUUUCUUCCAUGGGUCAGAAGAUAUUCGUGCGAGCUUUUGACCUCGACGAACGCUUGGUCGGAGUCGCAUUCCUCGAUGCGGGAGUGUACGUCACGAGCAUUCGCUGCCUCAAAAAUUUGCUGGUCAUCACAGAUGCAAUCAAAGGUGUUUGGUUUGUCGCGUUUCAGGAAGACCCUUUCAAACUCGUCAUUCUCUCCAAAGAAGUGCGACCAACGUCAAUACCACAAGGCGACUUCUUCUUCGCCCAUAAUGACAUGGAGCUUCUCACUAUCGACCUCAGAGGCGUUUUGCGACUUCAUUCAUAUGAUCCAACCCAUGUCGACACGGAAGAAGGCGCUCGACUUCUGUGCUCCGUAGAGUUUCAGACGCAUGUUGAGCCAGUGACGAUUGUGCGAGUGGCAAUGGAGCAACCAAGCUCAGACUCAGCGUCAGACGCAUCGCGCUUGCUCAUUCCUCGAGUGGAUGGGUCGCUUGCCUCUCUCUCUCCUCUCGACAUGGACAUCUUUAAGAGACUGUACCUCCUUCAGGCCCAACUCGUUCGACAUACCCACCACAUUGCAGCACUAAACCCAAAAGCAUAUCGCGCGGUCCAAGGGAGCUCCACGACAAGGACAAUGUCUAGGCGAAUGCUUGACUUUGGUUUAUUGGUAGGAUUCAAAAAGCUCAGCUUCGAUAGGCAGCAGGGCAUUGCAAACCAAAUAGGAGAGACCUGGGAGACAUUGAUCCGUGAUUGCACACAACUCGAAGCUGCGCCAUGGUAG